GUCAAAGUUUUCCGGCGGGGAAACGCUGCCAUUGCUACCUCGUCCGGCCAAGAGCGGGGCAUCGUGGCGUCUCGGUCGGGGGCUGCAUGGCGUUGCCAGGUGGAAAUAAAGAUAACAUCAGAGCAGGGUGCAAGAAAUGUGGCUAUCCUGGUCACCUGACAUUUGAAUGCCGAAACUUUCUUCGGGUGGACCCUAAAAGAGACAUAGUUUUAGAUGUCAGCAGCACAAGCAGUGAGGACAGCGAAGAGGAGGAGCUGGGAAAGCUGCAGGCCAUUCCAGAAAAAAAGGGAACUUCUGCGGAAGAAGAAAAGAAAAAGACCAAAAAGAAAGGCAAAGAAAAAUCAAAAUUAAAGAAAGCAAGGAAAAGGUCUUGUUCCUCAAGUGCCACAGAAGAGGAUGAGCCUAAAUCGAAAAAGCAGAAAUCCCACAAAAAGGAAAAGAAGGAGAAAAAGAGUAAAUCCAAGAAAAGAAAACAUCACAAAAAGGGGAAAAAGAAGAGAAAAAAGGAGAAAGAUUCUUCAUCUUCUGAUAGCUCAGACUCUUCCAGCAGUGACUGAGGACCAAACCUAGGGAUGUAGUUCAGUCCUGAUUAGGAGUAUAAUGAUGCCCAGUUAAAAUAUGUAUAUUUUUAUUGAAAAAGCCUGUUAUUUAUAAAUAUUUCACCUUACAUUAAAGUUUUUUUUGUUUUUGUUUU